CAAGGCAGCCACAUCUGCACCUGCAGCUCCCAUCACGCGUCCUUUUUGCAUCAGCACCAUCACCGGGGCAUCCACGGGAACGCUCGCCGGACGAAGAGCGUCAUGGGCCGCGCGGAGGAACACGGAACGCCGGAGACGAGCGUGGGAGUCGGAGUGAUGCUGAGCCGGCGGAGGAGCAACGGCAGGCGGAGAAAGCGAAAGGAGUUGUUCGCCGUCCAGAUGUGCUUGGCGGGCUUUCUGCUGGGACUGGCCGCCGGGCUCCGGAAGGUGGCACAGCGCGGAGAUCGUGUUUCCCUUUCCACAACGCUUGAAGACACCAGGUGGGACAGUCGGCACCUUCUCCAAGACACCUAUGACAACCAGUCCAAGCUCUUCUCCGAGCUGGAUAAAAACUGCACCGAACCAGCCAUCCACGAGUUCCCCAGAGAUUAUUUCACUAAUCAGGAGCGCAUUGAUGGAGCCGUGGGCUUGCACGUCCUCUGUGCCGUCUACAUGUUCUACGCUCUGGCCUUAGUCUGUGAUGACUACUUUGUUCCCUCGCUAGACAAGAUAUGUGAGCGUCUUCAUCUUAGCGAGGAUGUUGCUGGAGCGACCUUCAUGGCGGCGGGCAGUUCAGCUCCUGAACUCUUCACCUCCGUCAUAGGAGUCUUCAUCACUAAAGGGGAUGUCGGGGUUGGCACUAUUGUGGGCUCGGCGGUCUUCAAUAUCCUCUGUAUUAUUGGAGUAUGUGGGAUAUUUGCUGUGCAGACCAUCCGUCUGUCCUGCUGGCCUCUGCUCAGAGACUCCGUCUACUACACGCUCUCCAUCUCCGCUCUUAUUGUGUUCAUAUAUGAUGAAAAAGUAGUUUGGUGGGAAGCGCUCACCUUAAUUCUGAUGUACUUCGUCUAUAUUCUGAUCAUGAAACUGAACUCCCAUGUGGUUGGUUUUUUGGAGAGGAAGAAGAAAUACUCAUCCAGUGUGAGAAACGGUGCGGCCAAUGGCGAGCUUGACGAUGGCUCAGAUGCUACAGCGGUCCUGCUGAAGAAAGCCAACCACUGCAGGAAGACAUCGGUGCUGAUGGUCGACGAGUUGCUUUCAGCUUACCCCCACCAGCUGUCCUUCUCGGAGGCCGGCAUGAGAAUCAUGAUCACCAGCCACUUCUCCCCGAGAACCCGUCUCACCAUGGCCUCUCGGAUGCUCAUCACUGAGAGGCAGCGUCUCAUCAACACGCGGACUUUGACCAACGGAGACUCAGACGGCCCAGUAAAAGGGGGCAACAGGGGGAACGCGGAAAACGGACUGUCUGGAGUAGAGAGAGGUGUCAGCAUGCGAGACCGUGAGACGGGCAACGAGACCGAGAACGAAGACAACGAGAACAAUGAGAACGAUGAAGAGGAGGAAGAAGAGGAUGGAGAAGGACCGUUGGUGCCCUUCCAGUGUCCAGCCGGUGCGUUGAACAAGCUGAAGUGGCUGCUGGCCUGGCCUCUGUGUCUGCUGCUCUACUUCACCGUGCCCGACUGCUCCGCACCUCGCUGGGAGAACUGGUUCAUGCUGUCCUUCGUCGCCUCAACACUGUGGAUCGCCGCCUUCUCCUACGUCAUGGUUUGGAUGGUCACAGUGAUUGGCUUCACUCUCGGCAUCCCGGACGUCAUCAUGGGCAUCACCUUCCUGGCCGCCGGCACUAGCGUCCCCGAUUGUAUGGCCAGCCUCAUUGUGGCGAGACAAGGAAUGGGUGACAUGGCGGUGUCAAACUCCAUCGGCAGUAAUGUGUUUGACAUCUUGGUGGGCCUCGGCCUCCCCUGGGCUCUGAAGACGCUCGCUAUUAACUACGGCUCUGAUAUCAAAUUAAACAGCAAAGGGCUGAUUUUUUCUGUCGGGCUCCUGUUGGCGUCUGUGUUUCUGACGGUCAUGGGAGUUCACCUCAACAAGUGGACUCUGGACCGACGUCUCGGCCUCACGUGUCUUCUCCUCUACGCCGUCUUCUUGUGCUUCUCCUGCCUCAUCGAGUACAACAUCUUCAUCUUCGUCAACUUGCCAACCUGCAGGGAUGACUGACACACAAACAAACACACACACACACACGCACACGCACACAAUAGAUGGGUGGUGUCUGACACCAGGAUUGUAAAUGUAAUUCAUUACCAGGAAGACUGAUGUGCAAAUAUUCACCCACUUUGAUUUAUUCCUCAUACUUACGUAGUAGUACUGCAGUACUAUGUGUUAUCAGUGCAAUAUGGCGCUCCGCUGGUCUGUGUCCACCAGCGUAGAUGAGGACUGUGGGGAACCGUCACAGGACGACAGGCGCAAGAGGGCUUUUAUUGUGAAAGCUUCACUGGCUGCUACAUUUAUAUUGACACAAAAUAUAAGACCAGGGGUAGCCAUUUAUUCAACUAGUACUAAAAUACGUCAGACUCUUCCGUAGCCUUUUGAAAGCUAACAAGCCUGAUAGCAAUAUUUUCCUAGCGUGUUGUAUGAAUUCACGUCAUUAUGGAACCCAUGUUGCAAUGAGAAAGCCGCUUUAGUUAGUCCACUGCUUGGUGAACAGCUAGAGAAAGAGCGUUCAGGACACGCUGCCAUUUUGAGGAAGCCAUGUCCCGGAUUAGUCACGUGACUGUCAAAUGAAGCCCCCCCCCCCAUUUGAAAACACUGGAAGUUCGGCCUGUAACGAUAACAAAUUUUGCAAAUUGUGCUAAACAUUUAUUUUUUUCAUUCGCUGUCAUGAGAAGUGUCAUUCACAUUUGAACCACUAGAUUGGGGGUGGGCAAAUAUUUGGACUCGUGGGUCACAUUGAGUUAGCAAAAUUGUCCCGGGGGCCAGAACAUAUAUUUAAACACACACUAUUUUAUGCUCCUAAUUUUCCUUGAAUUAUUUGUCUAAUGUUAUCUGUAAAACUACAAAAGUCCAAAUAUAUUUCAAACUAAAAUAUUCCCCCAAUUGCCCCCCCUUUGCUUCUGUGCCUUUGUUCAUGUUAGCGCAUGCAGCCUCACGAGGCUAACUGCUAACGCCCUGUAUCCACUCACUAGUGGCCCCAUGGAAAUUUAUCAAGGGCGUCGUCAUUUGUAUUGAAUUUUUUUUUUCAAUGGUUCAGUGAAUGGAUUUGGCGAUUAUGGCGACAGGCCUCCUGAAAGCAUCACCAUGGCUUCCUCAUUAUGGGAUGAUAUAUGUCUCAUAUAUAUUUACUGUACGUGCUACGUUUAGCACUGGAAUAACAUUUGCAGAAAUUCCUUCCAAUAAUAAUAUCCAAACAGGGCAUUAUUAUUAUUAUUAUUAUUAUUAUUAUUAUUAUUAUUAUUAUUAUUAUUAUUAUUAUUAUUAUUAUUAUUAUUAUUAUUAUUAUUAUUUGUGUUCGUGUCACAGCUGCUGUAGCCACGAUGUUUUUAUUUCAAAUGACUGUUGGCUUUAGGGUGAUCUGGCUGUUCCCUUUGUAAAUAGUUUUGUGUAAAUAGUCCUGGUGUAUAAUUUAUUUAUUUAUUUUUAUUUAUUUAUAAAGCGGCUUUAUUUCUGGUGUCAGGAAGGCCAAAAAUCUCCUCUUGAGGUCAGAAAGACCUCUGCAGAUGUUUUAUGGGCUUUUGUUUUUUUUGAAUGAUUUUCAUAUGACGGAUAAGUCCAAAGCGGUUCAAAGCUGUCCAAACGAAAGCACGUUGGGAGGAUCUUUGUGGUCUUUCCGUAACCACGCUGAUUAUAAGGAUGUCUUUCCUUGUAAGAUGAAGCAGUUUUCAUGGCGUAGAGCGACACCAGGAUGGCAUCGGCGAGCCAAGUACGGAACUAAAUGGACUAAAUGCUGUUUGUCAUUUGACGUCUUUGCUGGACGUCCCACCUGAAGAUGUCAUAGGCAGGACUUUUGAUCAGUCCAGGAACGUAGUAUUUUCUAUCACCUGUAGAUUUGUCCAGAUUUAGUAGGUUUGUGCUACACCAAUAUUUCUACUGGUUUUUAGAGCAUGUACAAAGUACAAAGUAGUUCAUCUCCGUUAAGUGGUGCAGAAUUUCUACUUCUUCCAAACUCUUGCACAGGAUUCUUACGCAACGUUUGUAACUUUCAAAAACAUGUUAUGUUCUUCUCCCUGCCGUCUUUGUUCCAUGGAAAGUACAUUUCCAUGGCCUGUCGUCAGGUUACGUGUCUGACAAUUGGGUUUGGCUUCUUAUUGUCCAUUCUGUUUGUCGCUUUUAUGGACGGAAUUCUUGAACAAGAUCAAGCGGUGGAUUGGUGCGCCGUCUGCGAUGGAUUGGUGCGCCGUCUGCAGUGAAGCCGACCCUGCAUUGGGAGAGAGAGUUGAGCCCAAAGGGAACGCUCUCAAUUUAGCAGUUGAUGGACAUUCCUACCCUCACCUUUGGUCAUGAGCUUUGGGUAGUGACCCAAAGGACAAGAUCCAGUUUUUCCGUAGGGUGGCCGGGCUAUCCCUUUCGUGAUAAAUUCCACAUUGAGAUGAGGCAGGGGAGGGGGCUCUGGCUUCUGGUCAGAACCAACAGGGGAUCAGGACACGAUGACUAUGGGCUCUAGUUUUGUGUCGCAGGGUGGCGGAGCGAGGUGCACCCCACACAGUGGUAUUUUGGUCCAGCACAGCCAAUUUGGUAGACUGGACUGCGCCAAGAUGGGCGUAACGGCGCACCAGUGGAGGCGCUGACCUGGUCUAUUCUUGGCGCAGGCGAAGCACAGCCAAUUCAGGGGCGAACAACACCCCCCUAAAUAAGCGUCUUACCCCCCAAAUCCACAUUUCAGAAGUGAAAACUUCAGAUUGCUCCACUCAGCGCUCGUCUCCGGGGUUCUGCUUCUUCACACGGCAGAUGGCCUCCCUCUCCGUCCCCUUGGUAACCAUCCACUCACAAAUGAGAGGCGUUCAUUUGAUUGGUUAAGAUUACCGUCUCGCUCCUUCCCUCGGUGGGGCAGAUGGAGAGCUGCGCCAGACUGCGCUGCUCCCGAAAAGUGUGCUGGCCACACCCAACUGGCCUGGAAACACGGCUCCUCCGCAUUGAGAAACGAAGGUGGCUCAGGCAUCUGGUCAGGAUGCCUCCUGGACGCCUUCCUGGGGAGGUGGUCAAGGUACGUCCAACUGAUUGGGUGACAUUGACGAAGAUCCAAGACACGUUGGAGAGACUCUCAACUGGCCAAACGAGGUGGCUCGUGCAUCUGGUCAGGAUGCCUCCCGGACGUCUCAGGGUCUUCCCAGAGCAGUGCCCUGCAUAUCUCUGUUUGGAGAGACUAUGUCUCUCAACUGGCAUGGGGACUCUGCUGCUCUGCAUUGAGAGGAGCCAGAUGAUGUCAUCAGGAUGCCUCCCUAGGGAGGCGUUCAGGGCACAUUGGACUGGUUUGCGGGCCUUGGUGAAGACACUAUGGAGAGACCAUGUCUCUCAACCGGCCUGGGGACGCUGCCCCUCUGCAUUGAGAGGAGGCGUAUGAGGUGGCAGGAGCAUCUGGUCAGGAUGCCUCCCCAGGGAGGUGUUCAGUACAUGUCCGCAUGUCGGUAGGAGACUUCAGGGAAGACCCAGGACCCUUUGACCCUUUCCGCCAGGAGGAGCUGGAUAAAGUCGCUUGGUAGAGGGAAGUCUGGGCUUCCCUGCUUAGUCUGAUGCUCCCGUCAACCAACCCCGAAGAAGCUGAAUGGAUGGAUGAUUUUUUUCCCCCAUUAAUACAUACACGUUGGACGAAAGCCGGGUUUAAAGUUUGAUAUCAUGCAAUAAUCAUAAAUGUACCAAUAUGUAAAUAUCACUCUUGGAAAGACAAAUAGUUAAUACCAGGAUUGUUGGUGAGCAGGACUUUCAUUUUGUCUCAUUUUGAUCAUGAUGGCUCCAUAAAAAAUGUCCACAGUUAUUGUUAUUAUUAUUAAUGAUAUAUAUUUUUAUGAAUAAUUCUUUACUUUUUUUUAAAUGAUUAAUUUCAUUCAACUUGUUGAUAUAAUGUUUGUAUAUAAUGUAUAUUUUAUUUCUUCUUUAACUACAACAAAAAGACAACGGUAUGCGCUACUGCUUCAACAGAGCAGUGUGUUGCCUUUGUGUGUCCACGGUUUGUAUGGUAUGUCUUUCUACCGAUGGUCCUGGCAGGUCCCCCUACCAAACCAUUCAGGUUCCAUUGCUCCUUUGUUUUGGCGAUGUUCAUGAGCAGGAGAACCCACGCUUGCGCUGCUACGGUUCAUGUAGAAAUACACACCUGACUGGUUUAUAGGAACCCAAAUAUUACAUCUGGCAUUCUAGCAAAUAUCCUUUUGGCGAAUCCAAGUUGGUUGACGGGAGUCCACUCCUGGUCUGCUUCCCACAGCAGAGGUCCACAGAUGUGGACAGCAAGAAUAAAUGACAAUAUAUUUUUCUAAAGCAGGGGUCUCAAACUCAAUUUACCUGGGGGCCACUGGAGGCUAGGGUCUGGGCAAGGAUGGACUGCAUCAGGUUUUCCAAAUAAAAAAAAAAACGCAUUUAUUAAAAACAGAAAAAUAUACUAACUUUUUCAGUGCUUUGGUUCCGAUUUUCUACAAUAAAAGCUCUGAUAAAACAUUCCACUGUUCUCAAAUAUCUUAAUUUUUAUUUUUCUGCACAAAAUAAGAUGAAAAAUAAACAAAUCAAGAAUAAAGAAAAUCACUCAGUAAUAAAUAAAUAUAAUAAUAAUAAUAAUAAUAAAACGGCAAAUAAUAAAAACUUAAGAAACCACAUAUAGUUGGUGGGUAUUUUUUUCAGAUUAAAAUGAACAAAGCAUUAUUAGAGCCCUGUAGACAUGACAAAACACGACUAUAGUCACAUUUGUACUCUUUUUAUUUACAACAUAUUGCGCAACUGCAGGGUCUUGAGACACAUGCUAACUCGCAAACUGGAGAGCUAGCGACCUAAACGGUAGCCUUCAAGUUAUUUCCUUUCAACUUAAAUAGCCAAAAACUUACCACUUCCACACGGAUAGGGAGGAUAACUAUUAACAGUUAUUUAACCUUUAACAUGAACAUUAAUUAAACGUAAUAAUUUUUUCUGGGUACAUGAUACCAUACAGCAUCCAUAUCAAACUUGCACGGGCCACACUAACAUUAAACUUUCAUAUCAAGGCGGGGGCCUCAAAGUACUGUCCUGCGGGCCGCGUAUUUGGGACCCCUGUUCUAAAGCAUUUAUCAAUGAGUCACAGAUAAAAAUCGUCAAUGAAAAAAUGUUUGCAGAAAUCAGCCAUCCCUAGUCUGAUAUGGCAAUAAUCCGGUACUUGUAUCGGUGUUAUCAUUCAUAGUUCUAUGAUGCACUUUACCAUCUAGGAAAUUGUUGAACAGAUGAUUUGAAGUUUCACUGCUGCUAUUCUUGACGUGUCCAUCGAACCCAAAUCAUUUUUGUUGAAGCAAUGAAAAUAUGUCCGAUGUAUGAUAUGUACAUAACAUGGCUAAAUGGAUAAUAUAUUUGGUCUCAAUCUGGAUAUUUGUUGACCAUAUUUUCAUAGAUUCUAGACCCUUUUGUUUUGAUGUAUUGUUGGCAUGGAGAUAUUCAUAUUCAUGUCUUUGGAUGAGCGUCAGGCUUUACCGACGCUGGCUUUGAAGGCUGCAUGUUUGCUUGACUGGACUGUCAGAGUUUGCAGACCGUACCAAAUUCCUCUUUGUGUUUAGAUGUUUCCAAUGUCAUUUUAGAGGUCAUUUUGCUACCGGAGCAUUAAUAAAGAUGUCUUUACUACGAGUAACACAACAUGUGGAACAUUUUAUUUGUGUGUGUGGGUUCUCUCUGGGUACUCCGCUUUCAUCUCACAUUGCGUCCCAAACAUUACGCUACUUGGCAACUCUCCCCCAAAGACAGCUGAGAUAGGCUCCAGCAUACCACCGUAACCCUGAAGUAACAAAUUUCCUCCACAUUCCAAAAACAUGCUAGAUUAAUUGGCCACUCCAAAUUGUCCAUAGGUAUGAAUGUGAGUGUGAAUGGUUGUUUGUCUAUAUGUGCCCUGGGAUUGGCUGGCCAGCAGCCUAUCCCAGCAACCCCGCCACCCUCGUGAGGAUAAGCGGUAGAAAAUGAAUGAAUGAUUAUUUGUAGUACUACUACUAGUAGUAGUAGGCUAGUAUUAG